AUGCCGCCAUCGCAUCGUCACCACUACGGAGAGUCGGCGCACGCGCCGGCGAAAGCGUCUACGUGCCGGGCACCUGACGCCCAUAGGAAUUACCGGCGAGUACGUGACCAGCCGUGUUGGCAUCAGAGCGAAUGGCAAUCCAUCGCGGAGAUUAAUAGAGUAGAGAAGCGGUCGAGGGGACCUCUGUCACUGACGGGAGAAGCUUCGCGCCGACGACAGGGAAUGGGGAUUGACGUGCCUUUAUGUACAACG